AUAUAUAUUACCAUAAAGUAUGAUAAAGCUCAUAAUGCGCUACAAAGACACUCCUUUGAAAUACCACAAAUACUCGAAAUAAUAACAAUAACACAUUUAACCACUCUCUUAUUCUGCCUACACCCCCUUACCCACGCUUUCUUCUUACGCAAUUCCACUCUCCAACAUUCACACUUUUUAAGUGCAAAGUAACAACGUAAAUUUCAAGACUCAAUCCAAACGCAGCCACCAGACUAACAUACAACAAAAAAAAAUGGUCAGUGAUAGCCCAACACACAGGUGUAAACCAGGCCACCAACACAGCCCCAAAACAUUGUUCAAGUUGUAGUAAGAACAAUGUUGAGGGGAAAGGGGGAGGAGCCAUCAUUCGAGUACCUACGGUCAAGCCGCUAAUUAGGUCACAAACACUAGGCGUGAUAGAUAUAUAGAUAUGUUGUUUGUGUGUGUGUGUGACAAAUACUAAGUGUGCUCUAAAAUACGGUGGUUUUUUUUUUGUCAACCAGGUGGUUUAGGGAGGGCGGAUCUAUAUACAUCUAUAGGUAACACAGCUCGCAAGCUACCAUAGCUUUUCAGCACCCCCCUUCCCCGCCCAGAUCGAAAAAUAUCUAGCACUGAUUUUUGGGCUGUUACAUACACUGAGCGUGCUAGAUCGCGGCUAGUUACGUAGGGCCGCGUACCGUAUGUUUUAAUUUUUAGGUCAACCAAGUCGGUCCAAGUAAACUGUUGUGUCCUGCAAUGACUUGGGGAGGGCGGGAUUAUCUAUUGGCUACCAAAGCUUAUUAGCCUCUCCCUCAAAUAAAUAAUAUCUGGAUUUAAUUUAUUAAUGGCCUUAUGUCUCAAAAUAGCUUAGACCUAAAUAAGUACUACGGUAAUGCAUUACUGGGCUUAGCACCAUCUGUUUCUAAGCAGAGCUGAUCAGUGAUAGAUUCCUUCGAUGUGGACCAUGUAUAUAUAUGGCUCCUUUUGUCUCGAAAGGCAAUGGAUGCGCCCAAAUGACUAGGAUUUUGGUCGCUGUGGUCAAUUUACCAUUUUCCCAGACGCGCUUGGUGAGUUUUGCCAAUGCUGUGGUAGCUUUUCCUAUCCUUUUUGUCAGCUCGAUGUCUAAGUCUAGGUUACUGACAAUUGUUGAACCCAAGUAGGUAAAUUCCUGCACCACUGAAAGGGUGUGGUUCCCAAUUUGUAUUAUAGGUAUUUCUGCGACGUCUUGUGAGUGAGAUACGAGUGCCGCGUCAUCGACAAACAGCAGCUCCCUUAUCAAGAUACGACGCCUUUUCGUUUUGGCUUUAAGAUGUGCCAGGUUAAAGAGCCUUCCAUCGGAUCUGCUAUGGAUAUAUAUUCCGUCUUCCAGGGAUUUAAAAGCACUGGUUAGUACGACUGAGAAGAAGAUGCCAAAUAGUGUAGGGGCCAGUACACAUCCUUGUUUUACACCGCUCUUAAUGGAGAAUGGCCUGGAGGAAGAACUUUCAAACUGAACGGUGCCCUGCAUAUUUUCGUGAAAAGCUGACACUAGUUUUUUUAACUUAUUUGGGCAGCCGAUUCUCUCUAGUACAGCAAACACUGCUUCUGCUAACAAGGUCAAAGGCCUUGGUCAAAUCAAUAAAUGCUAUGAAGAGGGUCUGCUUUUGUUCUCUGCUCUUCUCCUGUAGCUGCCGCAGAGAGAAAAUCAUAUCUGUUGUAGAUCUACCUGCCCUAAAGCCACACUGCGACUCUGGAUAAACACGUUCUGCCAGGAUCUGUAAUCGCUUUAGUAAUACUCUAGCAAAAGCCUUUCUGACUAUGCUAAGCAGUGAGAUGCCUCUGUAAUUGUUACAAUCAGAGCGGUCGCCUUUAUUUUUAUAAAUUGUAACUAUGUUGGAGUCUUUCAAUUACAGUCAGUCAACAAAGACCAGUGAUUAUACUUGUUUAGUUUCCACAAAAAAUGCUUGCUCACUGAUUAGACAAUAAUAUAUGUUCCGGAAGUUAAAUGUAGGGACAAGCGAAACCUGCCCUUGUGGAGCAUCAUUAGAGAAUGCUGACCAUGUCCUUCAAUGGUGCAUACUAAAUCAAGAGACCCGAGCAAAGACUAUUCGGAGAACUGCCUGAUCUGGAAACCACUGCGCUGUUCAUCUCAGAUAUAGAAUUACUAAUAUGAACCCUCCAACAUGUAAAAUGAGAACGAAGAAGAAGAACAGAUGUAUGUGUACCCAAAUAGUGUGAACAGCAGCAAGGGUUUUUUAAGUGUGGAAAUACAGCUUCUGGCACCCAUAAGACUCCCGUGGUAGUACUGACUGGAACUUCUCUUUGCUUGGAGUUAUGUCCUCUUGAUCUGAAUCAGCUUCUGUGAUAAAUGUUGAGCUAAUAAUAUUGAAAACUGGUUCUUGACGUCUUAAAUUUGCUUUUAUAAAUUGCACAAUAAGGGAAUCUAAGUGUUGUACUAUUAAUUAUUUCACUAAAAAUAGUUUCACUUUUCAGCAAAGGAAAAUGACAAAAACUAUUUUCUUUUGAUUUAUUGUAGAAAUGGGAAAGCCUUGUUUGAAAAGAAUUAAAAUGCAUUUAUAUUUCAUAUAUAAACAACCAAUUGAAAUUGCAGCUAUAAAAAACAUGAAAUCUGUCUUCCACUCUUUAUUAGAAAUAUUGGUAACAAGGUCACAGUCAAUGUCCUUCAAGUAACAUAACAAUUUCUUCCUUGAGUUUUAUAUUCUUCUCAUUUGCCUUUCCCAUGCUAAGUUCGCAGAUACAUUGAAUUAUUUUGUGUCAUAAAUCGGAACUACCCGUGGUUAACAUCCCUAGCUCUAAUACGCUUCGUAACAACAUAAUGAUUGCCAAUAUGAUGAAAUUUUAUGCAGCUUUGUGCAAACUUUCCUGUUUAGAGUUUAUGGUUGGGAUAUUUAAAAAAAAUAUUUUUCUCAGUCGAAGAUCAAACUCCAUAAGUUGUUACACUUGCCAUCUUGUUCCAAGCCUACCCAACUCUCAGAGAUAGUGUCUUGAAUCGAUUGUAUUGAUGUAUAGCCAAUAAGCAUAAUCUACGUUUACUUAAAACUUUUUAUAAUGAGACAGUUUCAAUAAUUUAUAUAAAUAUUAUUUUUAAUAUUGCAUUUUUAUAUGUAUAUACCAUGGGCACACCUGAUUUCUAUAGGUGUCGGCGGGCCGCAUAAAACACUUCGGCGGGCCGCAUGUGUCCUGCGGGCCAUAAUUUGCCCACCCCCGCUCUAGAGUGAAUACUACUCAGGCCAGGAACAUGGGAUGUGGUCAUGUGAUUAACCAAAAGGGUUGAGCGAUGUUCUGUGCGGUUCUAGAAAGCCAGUGGGGACCCUAUAUAUAAAAAAAAAAAAAGAGGUGUCACAGUCAGAUGGCUCAGUACAGUCCGGGUUCACUACAGUCUGGUUCACUACAGACGACUUGGUUCAGUGGUGCAGUUCUGUGCAGCGCACCUUUCUUUUUUUUUUUUUCUUUGAAAUGGCAGCACAGAAAACAGAAAUUUCUCCCAGAUACCCUCUCCCAACUGGUCCAAAAAAGGGAUUAUGCCAUAGCCCAGUGAACAUGCUAUAAGGAUAAAAGUUGCCCUAAACAAAAGGAUUGCACUAAAAAAGUUAGAUGUAUACUGUUGUCUUGUGAGAGUACUGGACUUAGUAAAAUGCAACUCAUCGUCAUUUUGUGGACUUUCUCAACUCUUUUAUUGUCAGCUCUCAUACGGAUCUUGGUGCUUCACAUUCCAUUACCAUUUCCAAAUCAUUUUCUUAUCUUCUUAGCCGGCUGCUUUUUAGGUACCAUGAUGGAGGCCAAUGAGAUGAAACUUGCCAUGAUAUGGGAGAUGAAUCCCUUACUGCUACUCGAUGUUGUCAUUCCGAUCAUAAUGUUCCAAGCUGCAUACUUCAUUCACCAAGAAACAUUCAGAAUCUCAUUUUUUCAAAUAGCAAUUUUAGUCUUCUUUAAUUUAGUUAUUGUAAUUGGAAUAGUGGGAGCUGCUGCUACAAAGUUGUUCAAUUAUGGAUGGAAUUGGAAUCAUGCUGUUAUUUUGAGCUCUGUUAUUGUAAUGCCUGCCCCCAUUUUGACAAUGGGUUUUUUGAAGCGCUUAUCUGCCCCCUAUAAAAUUCAGCUCUUCUUGGAGUUAGAAGCCCUGAUGGGAAACAUUGAAACUUUUGUUCUGUUUAAGUGUGCUAUUCUUUACAAUGUCAUCAAAGGAGAUUCUGUUCUACCAGUUCAUAUUGUAGGAAUUUUUAUGGCCCCACUGUUAGGGCUCCUUGCCUCCAAAUUAGUAGCCUACUGGUUGGCUCGCAUUGUCAAAGACUCAGUUAAUGAAAUAUGCAUAAUGGUGGCCUCUAUUUACUUGUGCUAUAUCCUAGCUCAGCUGUGUAGAAUGUCUGGUGUUAUAGCUGUAGUAUCAAUGGGCAUUUCUUUGACAGGAAAGAGGUCAUUUAUGGUAGAGGGCACAGAGAAAUUUCUUAUCAGGUUUCUUCAUGUCUUUUCUACUUAUUUCAAUACAAAUUUGGUCAUGAUCUCAGGCAUUUUCUUCAUUACUGUUGUCAAGCCAAACAUAACUUUAAAUGAUGUGGGCUACAUCUUUGUUGUGUUUUUUAUCCUAAACAUUGUCAGGGUAAGUGUUAUCUUGAUGAUGAGCCCUUUGUUGCUGUACACUGGACAUUGUCUGACCUGGAGCAACAUCCUGGUCAUGUGCCUAUGCAAUAUUCGUGGUUCCAUCUCCAUUAUCAUGGCCCUCUGUGUGCUGCAUGAGGAUUUUAAAAUUACUAGUGCUAAAAAGAUGUUCAUUCAAGCACUUGGUCAGAUUGUACUCUCUCUUUUAAUCAACUCUGUUAUUACCAAUGCAGUCAUUCGCUAUGAUGUGUUUGUAUCUGAGGAUGAAUCAAAGACUCAAAUUAUCAACCGUACUCUAGAAAUGCUGAAUAAUCUCAGACAUAACACAAUUACUUGUUUUAAGCACCAGAACAAAUUUAUAGCUGAUGCUGAUUGGCUAGAAGUGGAAAAAUUUACUGCGAUUCAACAUCCUUUCGUUUUCUCUAAGCAUUUCAAACUGGUUAAAUCUGGAGACGUUGAUCCCCAGAAAGCUGAGAAAAUUGCAAUAGAACGUAUUUUGACUAUGAUGAAGUGUUCUUACCUGAGGCAGUAUGAAGAAGGUCUAAUGUCCCGUCACUCUGUUAAAGGAAUGCUUAGAUGGUCUAGACGAGCUUUGGCUAAAGGAAAUUCGCUAAUUUUUCCAUUGAUGGUUUCAUCUGCUCUUAAAAUUCCUCAUCAUUUACAGUUCAUGAAAAAAGAGUUGUGGUCCAAGCUCAAAGAGUUGAUGUUCCUGGAGAGGUAUGCCAGAAAACUUGGCAUAGUUCUCAGAACCUGUGUCAUCUUCCUUCACUUUGUUGAUGUCACUGUCACAGUCAUGCACAUGGCAGAUGAGAUCUUUAUCCACAACAGAAGACAUAGGUUUGCUUUCUUCUACUACAAUUUGGCCUUUGUCUCCUUCAACUGUGGAAUUUUAAUGCUCAGAUAUGUGAUCAAGAGAGUGAUGAGCCUUUGGGAAACAAUCACAUUUUUCAUUGUACCAAUUGGCAUCGUGGAUGUCAUGGCACUGUAUAUUCUAGCUACAGAGAAACCUGUUUUUCGUUUCAUCAGAUUCACCCUUGCUACCUCAAGAUUGAUAAGGAUAUUGCAGAUUGGUGAAGUUUGCCCAGCUUUAAUUAAGCUGCUGCUAGAAGUCUGUGAGGAACACAUCCGUCGUCACUUGUCUGAUGGAUAUGAUGUUGGACGAAGCUACAUCCGAGGGCGCCAGGAUGUUAUUAGAAGCCUGGUCAAUGUAGAUAUGGAUAUGUCUGAAGUGGCUCUGAAGAAACUCCUGAAAACCUGCACAGAACACAAGCUGGAAGCUAUUAGAAUGAUGGGCUACCUGCAGAUGAGACAUCCUGUAGUAGCAGCCAGCAGUAAGACAAGGCAAGCCAUGCGGGUUGUUUUAAGGCAAAUGCUCAAGACACUGCAACAUUUACAGAAAGAGAGGGCUAUUGGCCAUCAGGAUGCUAGCUCUUUAGAAAAGAACAUUUUAACCCUACUGAUGCUUGUCAAUGCUAGACUUCAUUUAGUUUCUCCACCUACUAAAGAUCAGAUCAUUUUUAAUGUUCCUUGGAUCAAGGAUAACAGUGAACUCUUUGAAAUCAUCAUGGAAAAAGGGAGACUGAUGCAUUUCAAACCUUCAGACAUCAUAGUUACUCAGCUACAUUCCACCACUGGUAUCUACAUCAUUCUUGAUGGUCUAGCUGUGGUAGUGAGAUUGUUGUCACAGCACAAGAAGGUAGUCAAUGAAGUGAUCUGUGAUUACUUGAUGAGUGGCAAUGUAAUUGGAGAGUUCCAGUUCUUGACCAGGAGGGCAGGACACAAGACUAUCAUAUGUGAAACUGAUGUUUUGGCCUGGUAUAUUAGGUUUGAUCAUUUGUGGAAAUACAUCAGAGAGAUACCAGGAUAUAAAAAAGACCAGCUGAGUUCACUUGAAACAAGGAUUUGGAAAGUGGUAGCCAUAAAGUUAGCAUGCAGAGUCCUAAUGAAUGAGCAUGAUUGGUUUAACAUCAACCGAACUCAAAUAAUGACUGACUUGUCAGAGUCAAAAAUAGUCAGUCUGUCUGGAACUAGUGCAACUCUGUCAUCUUAUGUCUGCAAUUCUGAUGUUGUAGUAAUUCAAGGAAAAGUUUUGGAACGUGGGGUGAAUGAAGUUUUUCAUGGACCCUUAUAUAUUCCCAGAGGACAAACAAGCUUUGAUAUUGCACAAGACUCAGAAUUGCCAAUUCUACUUGUGCUGCAGUCUGGAAGUGACAAUGAGGAUGAAUACAAAUUCGGACCUCAUUUUGGUGACUGGAGGAAAUCUGUAGUAGAUUAUGAUAACGUCAGUGAGGUCACUCUGUCCUCUGGAACGUCUCACGAAAAACCCAGUUACAAGAAUGUGGAGCAGUAUUACCACUGCAGCAACUGUUCUGUCAGAAUAAGCAGAUCAAGUAUAUCAAUAAACAGCUGGUCACCGGGUUCUGAAACAUUUAGAAGUAAAGUCAAGAGAGAUGUUACCGCCAGCACUCUCAUCUAGCAUCUGAUGCACCAUUGAGAUAAUCAUCUAGUCUCUGAUGCACCAUUGAGAUUGGGCCAGAAUUUUGAGACUGUUGACUAUAAUGAGCCAUGAACUUGGGCCUGAAUUUUGAAACUGUUGACCAUAAUGUGUCAUGAACUGCCAAGGAAAGUAAACUUUUAUUUUUUUGUGUUCAUUAAUAAAGAAAAUUUGUUAUGUAUGGAUUCAAUGCAAAGUUUGUAAAGGUCAGUGAAUUCACUUUCCAGGGGGUUAACUAUCCUUUAAUAUCAUAAAAGGUGCCCAAGUUUGUUUGUUUUUUUAAUUUUAUUAGAUAACCCAACUACCUGGUUUGAAAGCACUGACUAGUUCACUGUUUGAAAUGUAAAUUGUUUGCUACCAAUGUAAACUGAACUUUUGUUUGAACUCUAACUUGAUCAUGUCCUUGACAUUUUGCCUCUAUUUUGUGUUUCUUUUUUUGCCUUAUGAGUCUGUUAAUAAUGUUGCUUGACUUGCUCUAAUUUUCUGACUUGUUCUAUUUCUUACUUUAUUACUUUCUUGCUUCUUUAUUCAUUUUCUUACUUCUGUUAUUUCAUAUUUAAUGACAAUAGGCUAAAGCAUGUUAUAUUUCUUGCAUUAAAAAAAAUACUUUUUACUGUUUUUCUGAAAACUAUGUAGAUCUAUUGUUUUACUCCAAUACUUGCUGUUAUACUAAAUCUCAUUUAAAUUCACAAUUUGUGAUUGCUCCAUGGACAAUGUCAUUGUAUAAUUCUUUAGAUAUUAUUUCACUUCUUGUUCAACUUGUCUUUCAAAACAUGUUCUCUCCUAAAUACCUUUU